AUGGCUACCAAGGUGGAAGUGAGGGCUAGCGGCCACCCAGGAGGAACCCUAGCUGGGGCCCGAGAGCACCUUCUAGCAGUAACCAGGAACUACAUCACCAACCCGAGGCUGACCUACUGGACCGUAUGUGGUGUGAAUGGACCACUGGUGGUACUAGACAAUGUUAAGUUCGCCCAGUAUGCCGAGAUUGUCAACUUCACCCUCCCGAAUGGCACCCAGCGGAGUGGGCAGGUCCUGGAAGUGGUGGGGUCAAAAGCAAUUGUCCAGGUGUUUGAAGGGACAUCUGGGAUUGAUGCGAGGAAAACGUCCUGUGAGUUCACGGGGGACAUUCUCCGCACACCUGUUUCUGAGGAUAUGCUAGGUCGGGUCUUCAACGGUUCCGCUAAACCGAUUGACAAAGGACCAGUGGUUAUGGCGGAGGACUUCCUGGACAUUAACGGACAGCCCAUCAACCCUCACGGGCGCAUUUACCCAGAAGAGAUGAUCCAGACUGGAAUCUCACCCAUCGAUGUCAUGAACAGCAUCGCCAGGGGGCAAAAGAUCCCCAUCUUCUCUGCGGCAGGCCUCCCCCACAAUGAGAUCGCAGCUCAGAUCUGCAGGCAGGCUGGGCUGGUGAAGAAGUCCAAAGAUGUCAUGGAUUACCACGAGGAUAACUUUGCCAUCGUCUUUGCCGCCAUGGGGGUGAAUAUGGAAACUGCCCGUUUCUUCAAGUCGGACUUCGAGGAGAACGGCUCAAUGGAGAAUGUCUGCCUCUUCUUGAACCUGGCCAACGACCCCACGAUUGAGCGCAUCAUUACGCCCCGCCUGGCCCUGACCACGGCUGAGUUCCUGGCCUACCAGUGUGAGAAACACGUCCUUGUGAUCUUGACAGACAUGAGCUCAUACGCGGAAGCCUUGCGUGAGGUCUCAGCAGCCAGAGAGGAGGUGCCCGGACGGAGAGGGUUCCCUGGCUACAUGUAUACUGAUCUGGCUACCAUCUAUGAGCGUGCUGGACGUGUGGAGGGCAGGAAUGGCUCCAUCACCCAGAUCCCCAUCCUGACUAUGCCCAAUGAUGAUAUCACUCACCCCAUUCCUGACUUGACUGGCUUCAUCACUGAAGGGCAAAUUUACGUCGACAGGCAGCUCCACAACCGACAGAUCUAUCCUCCCAUAAACGUCCUCCCAUCUCUCUCCCGUCUGAUGAAGUCGGCUAUUGGAGAAGGCAUGACCAGGAAGGACCACGGAGAUGUUUCCAACCAACUGUAUGCCUGCUACGCCAUUGGCAAGGACGUCCAAGCCAUGAAGGCUGUGGUGGGGGAGGAAGCCCUGUCAGCAGAUGACCUUCUGUACUUGGAGUUUCUGCAGAAGUUUGAGAAACAGUUCAUUGCACAAGGGCCAUAUGAGAACAGGACUAUCUUUGAGUCUCUGGACAUUGGCUGGCAGCUGCUCAGGAUUUUCCCCAAAGAGCUGCUGAAACGGAUCCCAGAGAGCAUGCUGGCGGAGUACUACCCACGGGAGGCCAAGGGGACCCAGAGCUCAGACACUCUUCUCUGA